AUGAUGCAUGAACAUAGAGCCUGUUACUCGAUUGCAGCAGACAUCGAACCUGGUACGGCUACACGACGCAAACGCGUCGAGGAGGGCAAAAGGGACGGGAAGAAGAGCAAGAAGAAGUUGCGAAGGCGAAGGCGAAGUCGAACGCGAACGCGAAGUCCGGGUCGAUGUCCGGGUGGCGAUGAUGGGCGGUCGCGGGUGGGUCGGUCGGUCCGCGCGCCAGAGUUCAAAAGCGAGAAGGCGGUGGUGCGGGGCGAUGGAAUACGGGGCAAACUGCCCGUCGACGUGGCGGGCCAGCGGACGUGGCGAGGCAUCGAUGGCGCACACCUGCGGGACGAGGUGGGAUUUGAAGUUGACGGCGGGGCCCAUGCCAGCCUGACUGGACUGGACCUUCAUGGGACUGUAGCCCUGGCUGCACUACCCCGCGUUCUCCUAUCGCGAGACUCCCGUUCGCAAGGUUCUCGUACCGAGCCCCCUCCCUCAGAGCAGCUCUCAUCUCUCCGCGGGCCGCCCAGCCCUUCCUCGUCCUGCCCUCCCUCCAGACAGAGCGCGAGCGAGAGACAGAGGCCCGAGUCGUCCGAGUCGAGAGACUGCUGGUGCCCGCUUGCAUCUGUUUCCUUGUGCUCGAAGGAGAAGGCAAGAGGAGGAAGAAGGCGAAGGCGAACAGCGAAGGGAAGGGAAGGGAAGGGGAGAAAGACAAAGAGAGCAAAGAGAGGGGGAGAGUCGAGGAGAGGAGAGAUCAGAGCUGCUCCCGCUCGUACCAUUGCCUGUGUCGUCGACGAGGCCAUACCAUUUCCGAGCGAGAAAAGCGAGGGAGGGAGGGAGAGUGAGGUAGGAGGGACGAGAGGAGGAAUGUUGGAGAUGCGCGAGGAGGGUGCUUGGCGUGCCGAUCAUGCGCGUAGGUAG